UCUAAAGCCUCCUCCACUUCCUGCAGGUAGGUAUUUAUGGAAGUUGUUGUACAAAUGUCGAGCUCUGCGAGACCAUUUUCUUCAAGAGGAAACAUUUAGCGUCGACAAAAUGGCUCAUAGUGACUUUACGGCAGCCAAAUACAGAGCUGUCUAUUGUGGGAGCAUGCCUAAAAUUAAACCUGGAUACGUGUCACUAAGAAACAGCACUAUUGACACAAACUUGCAACUCUGCGGGAACAGAUGGGGAGCAGCUGAUACAGCUGCAAUUCAAUCUACUUUAAGCAUCCAGAUGAAGAGGUCCUACGUAUGGGGUGGUAAUGGAGAUGACUUCCAAGCAGAUAUUCUGCCCCCGCCAUUGGAUUUAGAAGGAAUAAAGGAUUAUUCUGUGACUGAAAACAACACACCUCGGCUUAGGUCAACCAGCCCUACGCCAAGGAGCCAUAGAGAGAAGGACGUGGACAGCGCUGCUCUGGAAACAAUUAGACUCAAGGAUAAAGUAAAAAGAAAGAUGUCUGAAGGCUUCGGGACCAAGGGAGCGCCAGUUGAUUUAAUGGCCUCAUUGAACACUCCUCUGAAACCUGCUGUAUGUAAAAGUGCCUCUCAGAGAACCCUUAAUGCCACAAAGCCUGUCCCGCCGAUUCAGAGGAGUCCACUGAACAGUCCAUCUCCUCAAAUAUUCAGCUCAAUGGAGAGCAGACCUCAGAGGAGUGGAGCAGACAUCACCGAUGGUAUGAAUGAGCAGGACAACCAAUCUCCGGCAGCAGAGCUGCAAAAUGUCCGUUGCAGCGCAGAGAAAAAGAGGAAUUCUCUGAUUCCACCAAUCCUGAAAGCUUCUGGCAUUACACCUGAGCUGCGUCAACAAGAGACAACCUUGACUUCUUCUGCUGACUUACUAGCAAGACGUUCUCCAGACUUUAAAGAGGGGGCUUCAGAGGAAACCUCCCGUCGAGACAGCAAGAAUGAGAAACUCGCCAUGUCCAUGGAGAAUCAAUAUUUGAAGAAUGCCUGUCACCAAGAGUCAGCCAAUGAAAUUGCCAUGAAAAAGACAGAAUGCAGUACCGAACGCGACCAGUUAAUGGACAAUUUACCCGGUUCAGGCAAUGACAUGGAAGUGGUGGAUCUCACCCAGCUUAGUGAGGAAGGAAAAGAAAACAAUGGACGGAUCAAUUUCACCAUAUCGAAAUCUGCCCAAGACAAGAUGCGCCAAAAACAGUUGGAAUUUGAGACCAUACGGCAAGAGAGGAGAAGGAGCCAGCAGCAUAUCUGGGAGAGGUUACAGACCAUGGAUUCUGGCGAUCCGGCUGCGCUUACAUCUUUCAGACUCAGUGGUGUCAGCACUGUACCAGUGAUCUCUGAUACACGCAGAGUAUCAGGGCCCAAUAACCCCCUCAAUAAAUGGGGGAGCCGCCCAUCUCUCCCCAGCAUCAACACCCUAAACCAGGACUCCACCCUCAACGAUUUCCGCUUUUCCUCAGCCUAUUCCUUGCCGGCUAAUUUUCAGAACAAUACAGAUUGGGAUUCCGAUUCGGACAACGGGGGUCCAGGAAUUGGUCCCAUGUCACAUCCUGAGCAAGGGAUGUUAGAAGCUCUGAAAUGGCUCAAUCACAAGGAAUGGGAACAAAAAGAAAAAGGUUUGCUCAGUGUGAGGUGUCUGGCUUCCUGCCACCCAGAGGUCCUCUUUUCCAGACUCCAUGAUGUGUCCAUAGCAGUUACCAGAGAGGUAGGCAACCUACGCUCCAAAGUGUCUCGGCACGCUAUCAAGACUCUAGGUGACCUUUUUAAAUCCGUAAAGAAAGGCAUGGACCAAGAGGUGGAAGAGAUCACCCGAGUUCUACUCCACAAGAUUGGAGACUCCAAUGAUUUUAUUCGAGAGGAAUCAGAUAAAGUUCUGGGUGUGAUGGUGGAGAAUGUCAGCCCUUCUAAGGCUUUAGUGGCUCUGAUUGUCAGUGGUGUUAGCCACCGGAAUACUUCAGUGAGAAAAUGCUCAGCCAAGUACCUCCUGGAUGUGAUGGAGCAGCUAGGAUCGGAUAGACUUCUUUGUGGUAAUAGGGAAAGCACAGACACUUUGUUGCGAUCUGUAGUGAAACUGGCACAGGAUGUACAACAGGACACCAGGUUCUAUGGGCGUAGGAUGUUCAGCUUGCUGAUGACCCACCCCAAAUUUGAAGGACAUAUGGAGCGUUUGAUACCUUUGCAUGACCUGAGGGGACUUAUAGCUACUGUUAAACAGAAGGAAGCCAGUGACAGUUUAUCAGACGUUCCUUCUGCAAGAAAACACCGGACAAUUCAAAUGAGUGGAGCUCCACCUGCCCAGGAAAGUCCGAUUUCAUCGACUUCAGACCAAUGUUCGGCUAAAGAACCAGAUGUGGAGUCAGACUCUCAGGAGUCUUCAGUCCAUAGACGACAGCCAGUGCGUGCGGCAGAAGUGACCGAACAGCUAAAAGAGCUCAAUAAACUUCUGACAGCCAAAGAGUACCAGAGCAAGAUGUCCGGUGUAACUAUGCUUUUAGAACACUGCAGAAACAAUGUGAAAUUUGUCUCAGCAAACAUAACCCAGAUAUUUGACUCAUUUAAUCCACGAUUACAAGAUGCCAAUAAAAAGGUCAACCAAUAUGCUCUGGAGUCUGCAGUUGUUAUGAUUCCACUCUUGAAGGAAAGUCUACAUCAAGUUUUACUCCCAAUGGUGACUGUGGUCACGGACAACUUGAACUCGAAGCACAGUGGUAUAUAUGCCGCUGCAGUAAAGGUGGUAGAUACACUGUUUUCAAACAUGGAUCAUUUGUGGCUGUUACAGCCGUUUGCCAGCAGGGUGCGUUUCAUAAGCGGCCGUGCAAUGAAUGAUGUGACGGAACGACUGUCAGUUCUUGUGUCUUCAGUCUACCCACGGAAGCCACAAGCCGUGGAACGCCACAUUCUCCCAGUUCUUUGGUACUUCUUGAGUAAUAUAACAGGGAAUGGAGUUUUGCCAGGAAGGAAUGGAAACUUCAAGGACGUGGUCUGCAAACUGGCCAAAAACCUACACAAAGUGAUGGGACCUUGCCUUGAGGAAUAUGCUGCUGGCCAACCACAGCAUGCCAUAAAAAUGCUCAGAGACCUCCUGGACCUAAAACAAGACUAAAUGUUUCUAGCAUUUUCUAGAGUAUUUGCACUUAGUAUAAAAUGAUCCAGACGAUUAUUAGGGAGAAUGUGUCCAAGUUUAUUUUUCUAAACAUGUCCUUAUAUUUAUUAUAAUCUCGGGAUAGAACUUGUAACUGUGACAUGGAAAACAACAAGUGGACCUCUGUCUUGAAAUGUAGAUGACUGUAGAUGUAAUGCUGACUGUUGAAUUAACAGGGACAAACAUGAUCAAAUCUGUUUCGAAAGAACUGGUCUAAUUAAAUCCUCUCGAUGGUUAAAGAUUCUCAAAACAGUCUUCUACAAACUCCAUGGCUCAAGGAUCUUGAGAUUGCCCAGUUCUCUUCUAAGCGG